AUGUCAUUCACAGUCUACAAAGGAUCCUCCGACGGGAUCGUCGAGUCGCAAUCCAAGAAACCCACUUCUCUUCAGCGCGACCAGGUGCUCGUCAAAGUCACCCACUCGGGGGUGUGCGGCACCGACCUGCACUACAAAUCCGCCGACAUGGUGCUCGGCCACGAGGGCGUCGGGCACGUCGAGGAGGUCGGUCCGGAAGUGAGGUCCCUGAAGAAGGGCGACCGCGUAGGUUGGGGCUACGAGCACGACUGCUGCGGCUGGUGCCACCACUGUCUGUCCGGCUGGGAGACCUUUUGUCCGGAGCGCAAGAUGUACGGACUAGCAGACCUGGAUCAGGGGUCGUUCGCGAGCCACGCCGUCUGGCGCGAGGCAUUUCUAUUCAAUAUCCCCGACGCCCUGGAUAACGCGUCCGCGGCGCCCCUGAUGUGCGGCGGAGCGACGGUGUACAACGCGAUGGUCUGCGCGGACGUCAAACCCACCAGCACCGUGGGGAUAGUGGGCAUAGGCGGGCUGGGCCACCUGGCGAUCCAGUUUGCGAACAAGAUGGGAUGCCACGUUGUGGUGUUCUCGGGGACGGACUCGAAGAAGGACGAGGCGCUGAAGCUGGGCGCGCACGAGUUCCACGCGACCAAGGGCGCAAAGGAGCUGAAACUGGACGGAGCGCACAAGCUGAGCCAUUUGAUUGUGAGCACGAGCGCGCUGCCGGACUGGCAGCUCUACCUGGCGGUGCUGGAUGCGCGGGCGACGAUCUCGCCGCUCACGGUCUCGGACAAGCCCUUUACUUUCCCGCAUAAUGACCUAAUGGUGCGAGGCUUGCGUGUGCAGGGGGGAAUUGUGGCCGCGCGCCAGGUGCACCGCGACAUGCUCGAGUUUGCAGCCUUCCAUGGCAUCAAGCCCAUGUCGGUGAAGUUUCCGCUGACAGAGAAGGGCGUCCGGGAGUGCGUGCAGACGCUGGAGGAGGGCAAGAUGCGGUACCGGGGUGUGCUGGAGGCGCAGUAA